GCAGCCUUUUUAUAUACUUUGUACCAUUUCGGCUUGCUAUGUUUCGUAAUUAAAGGUUCAAAUGGUUGGAACGAACAUAAUGGACUGUAUUAUUCCUUUCACUUAACAAAAAGGUUUAUUAUAUCAGUUAUUGGAACCAAGGUGUGUAACCGGGAACGGUCCGUUGAGAAUGAGAUGACUCGCGUAAGAUGGGCUUAAUUUGGGCCUAAGCUCAAAAAAUUUACGCCAAAAUCGACCCGUUUGGAUAUCGCCAAACCGCCAUAGUUUACUCCAGCUGAAUAGAGGAGGAGGAGUCGGCGGAGAAUUGCACCGAGAAAGACGAAAAUGGUAGGCGGAAUCGGCGGUUCAAGAGGAGGAGGAGGAGGAAGAGCGUCAGCGGAUCUUCACUCCGCGGCACGAUCCGGUGAUUUAGCGGCAGUUCAAUCUAUAAUCAGCUCUAAUCCGUUAGCUGUUAAUUCUAGGGAUAAGCAUUCUCGGACUCCACUACACUUAGCAGCAUGGGCAGGCCAUAAUGAGGUUGUGAGCUACUUAUGCAAGAACAAAGCCGAUGUUGGUGCUGCAGCAGUAGACGACAUGGGUGCAAUUCACUUUGCUUCCCAAAAGGGGCAUUUGGAAGUUGUGAGAACUCUAUUAUCCCUUGGGGCUUCUGUGAAAUCUAUCACCCGCAAGGGACUUUCACCUCUUCACUAUGCUGCUCAAGGUUCUCAUUUUGAACUCGUCAAGUAUUUAGUUAAGAAAGGAGCAAAUGUCAGAGCCACUACAAAGGCCGGGAAGAAUCCAGCAGAUGUUGCUGGUAAUGCAGAGACCCAAAACUUCCUCGAAGAAUGUGAAGAGCAGGCGAGGAAAGCUAAGGCAAACAAUGAGAAAAAGACAGAAGAAGUGAAACCUGAGAGUUGUAGCAAUGAAGGAGAUACCAAGGAUCUGAAAAGAAAGGAUUCUGAGGAUGGGAACGAGGAGGGGAAAGAAGAAGCUUCUCAGGUAGCUAAAAAGCCAAAAGUUACUCUUCCUCAUCUUCAGGAGACUGAUGACACAGAAGCUGAUCAAGAAGAAGAUACUGAGGAGGCAAAUAAUGUAACUUGUUCUAAUCCAUCAGAAGUAUCUACUUAACUAGAGUUGUAAGAUCCAUUAUACGAGAUAACUUUUGUUUGCUCGUAAAAGUCUGUAAAAGAAUCCAUCAGUUUCCAUUUUAGAAUUGGUAAAACAGAUUGUGUUUUUAGGCUGUUCAA